UUUAAAAUAAAAUAGUGCUAAUUAAAUAAACGAAUGCUCAGACAUACUAAUGAUAAUGAUAAAUAAUAAUUUAUUCCUGGAAUGUAAAUUUAUAUCACAGGUUCAUUGAACAUCAAGGUGUGUGUGUUUAAGAAAAAUUUUUGACACCAAGAAAAUUGUUAAAAACAACAAUAAAUAUCAAGUAUAUUAAUAUAUAAUUUAAAAAAUGCCACUGGGAUCAAAACCAACAUGUAUAAAGUGUAGUUCAAUUGAUACAACACUUUGGCAUUCAACAGAACUUGGUAGUAUAUGUAAUACAUGUAUAGAAAAUGAAAAAUCAAGUUCUAGUAAAAAUGAUGAUGAAGACAAGGGUGGUAAACCAUCAAGAAAAAGUACAAGAGUAACAAGAUGGUGUAAACCAGAUCAAAAUAUAAAUAUGGUUGUCAAAGGUGUAUCAAAAGGUAAAGGACGUCGACAUAUAUUUAAAAAACAGCCAAUGAAAGCACCAACAUCAGUUGCAACACCAGUUACAAGUAAUUUUGUUUUUUACAAAGGUUCAUAUUUUCAAAUUGGUGAUAUUGUAUCAAUGGAAGAUGAAGAUGGUGGUAUUUAUUAUGCACAAAUACGUGGUUUAUUGACUGAUCAAUAUUGUGAAAAAAGUGCUGCUGUUACAUGGCUUUUACCAACGACAUCCAGUCCACCUCCUGAAGAAGGAUUUAGUCCAGAAACUUAUAUUAUUGGACCUGAAGAAGAUUUACCAAGAAAAUUAGAAUGUAUGGAAUUUAUAAUGCAUGCACCAUCUGAUUAUUAUAAACUUAAAAAUACACCAUAUCCAAAAUCACUUGAUGAAACUGGUGCUGGAUACAUUUGGACAUCAAUGAGAAAUGAAUAUAAUUAUGCAAGAAGAUAAAUUUAAUUAAUUAUAAUUUUGUAAAUAAUAAUUAUUUUCUUUUUUUCUUUUUAAAAGCCAUUAUCA